GAUUCUCAAAUUUCUCAGAAAGUGCUAUGCAGUUUCUUGAAAAGCAGGGUUUGGAAUCCCAGGGUCCUGUGUCUAAACUAACCUUCAAAUUGUUCCUGGCUGUUCUGUGUUCACUUAUUGGUGCUUUUUUGACAUUCCCUGGCUUGCGACUGGCUCAAAUGCAUCUGGAUGCUCUGAAUUUAGCAACAGAAAAAAUAACACAAACAUUGCUACAUAUAAACUUCUUGGCACCUUUAUUUAUGGUUCUACUGUGGGUAAAACCAAUCACUAAGGACUACAUUAUGAACCCACCUUUGGGCAAAGAGAGCGUCCCUUUAAUGUCAGAAGAUACAUUUGACACCAUGAGGUUGUGGAUUGUAAUCCUGUUGUGUGCUUUGCGGUUGGCUAUGAUGCGUCAUCAUUUACAGGCCUAUCUGAAUUUAGCCCAGAAAAGUGUGGAUCAGAUGAAAAAGGAAGCUGGCAGAAUAAGUAUGGUUGAUUUGCAGAAAAUG